AUGAUUGAUCAUUCACACGAUUCUUCAUAUUAUCAAACAAUGACAAAUCUUUCUCCAUCAUCGACAAUAAAUUAUAAUAAUCAUCAUCAUCAACAACAACAACAACAUAAUCAAGAUCUUCUUUAUCCUUCAUCGAUUUAUCAUCAUUCAUCUGAAGUUAUUGUUAGUCCACAUCGUUCAUCUCUUAUGGUUCAUUCUAAUCAUCAACAAAAACAACGAAAUCAUACUAUUGAACAAACAGAUUCGGAUUGUGAUCAUGAUAGUUCAUCAUCGUCAUCAAUAACAAAUUCAUCUAAAUUAAAAAAACGACGAGCUAAUUUACCAAAAGAUAGUGUUCGUAUACUUAAAAAUUGGCUUUAUGAACAUCGUUAUAAUGCCUAUCCAACAGAUGAUGAAAAAGCAAAUUUAUCUCAUCGUGCUGAUUUAUCAAUAAAUCAAGUUUGUAAUUGGUUUAUUAAUGCACGUCGUCGUAUAUUACCUGAUUUAUUAAAAAAAGAAGGAACUGAUCCAAAAAAAUUUACUAUAUCAAGACGUUUUUCACGUGAUCAAAAACGUUCAUCACCAUCAUUAUCAGCUAUGUGUUCGACAAGUGGUGAAAAUACAUCAAAUGAACCAAUAACAACCACACCAACAACGACAACAACAACAACAGAAAUAAAUCUUCUUGUUGAACGAAGUUCAUCACCAUCAUUAAUACUAACAAAUAAUUCUAAUGUUCUUAAUAAACAAUCAUCAUCAUCAUCAUUAUCGAAUGAACCUUGUUGUAUAACACGACAUCAUGUUCUAUUAAAACCUCUACGUGAUCCAACUGUUAUUAAUUUAAUAUCAAGUGAACAACAAAUAUGUAAUGUUCGUUCAAAUGAUUCAUCAACAACAAGUACUAAUACUACUGGUGAUCUUGCCGGUUUUCAACUUCUUGUUGAUGUAGCUGUUAAAGAACUACAUCGAAUACAACAAGAUGGUAAUAGUAGUGUACCACUACUUUGCAACUAG